UAUGCACGACCGUCCUUAUGCUUGUGUACAACUACCGUUUAACUGUAGAAUAUCCUAGCUAAAUUGUUUUGUUCAACGUAAAAUGUGAUUAUUGACACGAAAUUGGUUUAGAUUAGUUUUACAUAAAUCGAGGGAGGCUACAGAGCCGUAUUUUGUACGGCCGCACCGGAAGUGGCUGGUCGCCGUGUCGCUAGCUUAACGCUGCUCAACUGUCAUCGCCAACGGGGAACCUCCGGCUGUCACAGCAGCCUCGCUCCGUCUGCGCCUCUGUCCGGCUCUCAGCGCCGCUCCACCGGCGAACAGCCGCAGCCUCCGGGCUAAACGCAGCGGGGACGCUCUGAGGUGAGCCCGGUGGUGGUGACGGUCGGUUGACAGCGCGUAGCCGCCUGGCUGCUGCUGGUGGCGCCGCGUUCUGUUCAGCUGCGACGGGUCGACGGCGACAAAACGAGCUGGUGAUGUCAGGAGGACUGACACUGAAACCUCAGCCUAACCUGAAACAGUAGAAAUCGAUUGAGGGCAAUACUGGGAAGCAAAUCACAACCUGAAGUCAUGUCUCGUAGGAGCUCUCGCCUGGUGUCUGGUGGCUACUACAACUCAGAUGAAGAGUCUGACUCCAGUAGUGUGACAAACAUUUCCUACAGAGAAAAUCCUGUCAAGGUUUUCAAGAAGAAGGCAGGGAAUCGCAAAGCUGGCUCCCGUGCCUCCAGCAGAGCCAACAGCAAUGCGAGUCUAUCCAGCCCCGAGUCGCCUUCUGCUGCAGGUGUGAGUCCUCUAGCAAUCAGCCAGAAACCAUCAGCCAUAAGAACCACUCCCCACGUCUUCCCCACAGCCACCCCUCGGCCUGCCCUCACCCCUUCCCUCACCCCUUCAUCCAGCCGAAGUCAAACCCCCACACGCUGCUGCUCAGUCCCCCCAGAGAGGAGCCCCUACGCUGGGCUCUACAGCUCCAUUAGGCCUGAGCCCAAGCAGCCGAGCCACAGCGGGGUGGACAGCUCGGGGUACUCUUCCUCUGAGGGCCCGUACAGGAGGCCCACCGCUCCCAGCAGCAGCAGCAGCACCAGUCCAAGCACCAACCCAGAGGCGUCCAGCGCAGGAUACAGAAGCAGAAUCAGCAGCAGCCUGUCCAGGCUGACGGACUCAGCCUCAUGUGUUGCCGCCGCAGCACACUCAAAGGUGGUGCAUCUGACCCAUUUAGCUAAUGCAUCGAUGAGCAGUCGCACAAAGAAGGCUCUAGGUCUGCUCCUCCUCCUCCUCCUCAUACUUCUAUGUAUUUGGCUCAUCCUCCCUUUGUUGACCUCUUUCAUCUCCCGCAUGACUUUCACAAAGACCUCGUUACAGACAAAACCCAAGAGUCCGCCUGUUACCCCCGCCACUCCUCCACCUCAGCCCAGCCCCCUGCAUUCUGCGCCUGUGGUGGAUCCAGCUGUUGUAUCUGCUGCUGUAGAAGCCAAGAUGCAGCAUCUUUUGGCAGAACUGCAGCUGAAGCAAGAACAGCUUCUCUUUCAGAUGAAGGAGCGGGUGCAGCUGGACCUGCACAGUAUGAACGCCAAGCUGGAGGCGGUGCAGUCUGACAGCCGUGUGCGUCUGGAGCAAGAGGCUGCUGGACUGGGCCGGCAGCUGGCAGAGCAUCAGACACAGAGCCACACUGCUCAGUCCAGCCUCAGCCUCAGGGUCCAGGCUUUGGAGGCCCAGAAUGCCAAGCUGUCACAGGAGUUGUUGUCCAUUCAACUGCAGCCUCCUCCAACCUUGCAUCCUGAUAGCAGUGCCAUCACAAACAGUCACAUCACUCCUGAGCUCCAGCAGGCCAUGGAGAAGUGGUUCACCGACCGCAUCAAGGAGCAUGAUGCAGUCAGGUUGGCCGACAAGGGCGGCUGCUCAGACUGUGGACGUCCCGUGGCUGAUAAAAUGGCCGACUUUGCCCUAGAGACUCAAGGCGCCAGUGUGAUCAGUACGAGGUGUUCGGAGACGUAUCGUAUCCGUUCGGCAUGUGUGACCCUGUUUGGCUUCCCUCUGUGGUAUCCAUCUGAAAGCCCACGCACUGUUAUUCAGGGUUUCCCCGUGCUGCUGCCGGGGAAGUGUUGGGCAUUCCAUGGGGUCCAGGGGACGCUUGUCAUCGCUCUGUCUCACCCUGUGAGGAUAACUCACGUGACACUGGACCACCUGCCGCGCUACAACUCCCCCACCGGCCGCAUCGACUCUGCACCAAAAGACUUUGAAGUCUAUGGGAUGAAAAAUGACACAGAGGAAGGAACGCUACUCGGGACGUUCACUUAUGAUGAGAAUGGAGAGUCCACGCAGACGUUUAAGCUGCCAAAUCCAACUGACGAGGUUUAUCGAUACGUGGAGCUCCGUGUUCUUAAUAACUGGGGUCAUAUUGAAUACACGUGUCUCUACCGCUUUCGAGUGCACGGAAAGAUGGCAUCCACGUGACCCUUACUGAGCACGACCCAUCGCCUCCUUCCAGUGCAUGAGAAAGUACAUCUGAAACUCUAAGAACAAAAGAUUCUGUUUGGUUCGUUGGUUUAGGGCCACGUAGUACUGGGAAAAAGAAGCUGGGUGAUAAAAUAAUGUAGUUUCUCUCAUUCAGCUAUUCUAAAUUGCAUUUAAAAUAUCUCAAAGUAGAGUAAGAGUAUGUGAGAGAUAAGUGUAAAGUAUUACUAAUCAACAAAAAUCUACCUGGUGAAUCCAUUUCGGAGCCCAAAGCUCUAGAAAGGUUUUGCUCUUUGUGAUACGUGUGUUUUUAAACGUCGGUAGCCGUUCACCGGUUUAUCAGCAAACCUUUCCUCACGUUUCAUUACUGAUGCCGGUUUCUAAAUUAACACUGACUCAGAUCUCAGAAAUUCUUCUGAUGAGUCGUGUGUCCCAAGUCUUCUUGCCCACGUGAAAUAAUUAGUUCAUUUCUAGCUCGCUUUGUCUGUUUCAAGUUAGUUCAAGUAUUUCACAGUAUAAGCUUCUCUUUAAAACUUUAGGUUUGCUGUUAUUCUGGUUAAAGCAGCUUUUAUGUUGUUGUUGAGAGGACACUUCACUGAAUUUCAGUGAGAAAACAGGUACAGAAGGUAGCAUGUGUUUUAAUCAGUGCUGUUCUUUAGAAAGAGAAAGAUUUAAAAGGUCUUCAAAAGUAACAUGCAGCUUUUUUAAAAGAACACAAAUGUUAGGACUCAUCAGUUUUGAUUUAACUGUGUUACUAUUUAAGGAUAUACAUAUAUGAAGAUAAAUGAUUUAUUUUAUUACUAUUAUUAUUAACAAUGUGCAAAACGUCAAAAUAAUUUGUAUGUGUUGCAUUUAGGAUUAAACUCUAGCUGUGCUGCAUUUUACACUGCUACUGUGUAUGAAGUUAAUAUAGUUUUGGUACAGUUACAAUAUUUAUAAUUUCAGUUACCUUCAGAACCAUCAGGCUUUUUUGACCAGGAACUAGGAUUUGCACUGCUCACACAGCACUGAAAUUUGAAUUGGGUUUUGAGAUGUAGAUCAUUUCAGAUCACGGUGUGGACAAUGUUUCUUACAUUAACGAAUGAAGCAUUUGUCAUCGUCUCUGGAGCUGUUGAACAGCCUGUGUAGUGCUAAUGAUGAAUAUAUUUGUGUACUCUCUCUUCUCACGUGCAGCUAUGUUUGUAUGAGCAUGUGAACAACAUGGAGCAUGAUGCUAAAGCUUCACACACGCUGUUGAACUGUUUCUUUAGAAUAAAUAAAGAGACUUUGCUACA